AUGGAGUAGCAAGAAGGAUUCUUCCAAGAAUUGAAACAAAUCUACGAUAUUAAAAUACCCAUUCCAAAACCAUCAGUCAUUUAAUAAGAACAUCCCUAGAAGUUUUUAUUUUAUUUUGAUCUAACAAAUACUCAAAGAUACUCUAAUGAAAUGUCAAAGUUAGCGAUUAAUAAUAGUAAAGAAAGAUAAUGGAAAGGUGGAUAAAUAUUCUAGUUUUAAUUUAAUAAUUAAAAAAGAGAAUAAUAAUCUAUUUUCUGCUAUUACUUCAAUAAUUUACUAUAAGAUGAUGAACAACAAAUUAACAUAAACAAUUUAUUGAGAUUUAGAAUGUUUUUUUAGGAAUUUAUUAAAACUUAAAAUAAUAUUUAGAUAAAAUUUGUGUUUCACUUUCUAAGAAAGAAUUAAAAUGAUAAGCAAUUUGAAGAUCUGAUAAUAAAUUGUAUUUAUUAAAUUCUUGAUGGAUCUUUCGAAAAGUUAUCAGAUAUCAUAUGUGUGUAUAAUAGAGAGAAUGAAGAGGAUAUGAAUUAUUGUAAGAUUUCAUCUAAAAAAAUACAUUUUAAUAAAAGUAAAUUAUAGGAUAAAAUUGACAUUUCUUAUAUUAUUUUAUUGGAUGAAUUUUUGAAUUACUUUUAAAAUAAAUUGGGUGUUCCUAAUUGGAUAGGAUUUAUAUGCUAUAAGUAUGUAUAAUCUUAGGUUGAUGUAGUAUUAAAAGAAUUUGAGAAAGAACUUUUACAACUUUAUAAAGACAUAUUGCUAAUGAUUGAAUUCCCGGUCAAUCUGAAUAAUCAAAUAGACUCUAAUUAAAAUGUUUCACAAUAUUUAGAUAAAUUGAAAACUCUUAUUUCUGAUAUAUGCAUAAUAUUAAAUGAAUAGAACUUUUACGAUAUGGCAUUAUAAUUUAAAAAGGUCAUACAUAUUAAUAGAGAGAAAAUGAUAUAAUAUCUAAACACUAUUGUUAAAGAAAAUACUGAAUUUGAAAUUUAUUUGAAAAUAAAUUAAAAAGAUAAAUAACCUAAUUAAGUGUUUAAUUAAUUGCUUCAAUUUCAAUUUCAAUUACAUAAAUCUGAUAUUGAAAUUUUAGAAAAAUUAAAGAUGUAUUAAUACAAUGAAGAUGUUAUAAAGAAAACUUUGUUUCGGAUUAAGUUGGACAUAAAUUAAUAGUUUAAGUAAUUUGAUUUAUAUCUUCCAUAAAGCUUAGCAUAUGUUAAGAGAAUAAUUCCUCAACAAUAAAAUAUCAAUUUAGAUAAACCACAUGUUUUUGUAUUUGGUAUGGCAAGAGUUGGGAAAAGUACAUUUCUGAAUAUAGUUAAUGAUCCAGAGAAUAUUAUUAUUACUUAGCAUAAGAAGUUUGAUGUAAAAGUAAAGAAUAAUAAAAUUCUGUUGUCUCAUUCAAAUGGUAGUUAAACAUUUUAGACAGAAAAUUUGGAGAUUGGUGAUUUUAUAUUUGUUGAUACUCCUGGAUUACAUGAUACUUAUUAUAUUAAUAGAGGUAUUAAUCAUUUCAAUAUCUUUAAUUCAAUAACUAGAGUAAGUUAACAAAUUAUAUUGUUGAUGAUUGAUGGAGAACAGCUUUAAACAACUAAAAAUGAUUUAAUCGAUUCAAUAACUAUAAUUAAUAACAUGCUAGGAAAAUAAAAAGACGAACAUCUUGAAAAUUUUAUCAUUCCUGUAUUCACUAAAAUUAGAAAUGCUUCUACUAUAGAAGAAAUAAUUAUCAAAUGGUAAACUGAGACAAUGAAAGAUAUUACAGAUCAGAAAUAAUUAAAAAUUUUGAAUAUCAUUAAAAAAGCACUAGAUCAAGAAAAUUAUAUCAAAAUUUAUUAGGCAGAGUGCUAUGAAAUCCAUGAAGAAGUGCAGUAAUUGGAAUCAGAAAUUAAAAAGUUAGAAGCUUAAUAUAUUGAUCUUGAUGAAGAGAAAGUGGAAGACCGCUAGGCACUAAAAGCAUAAAUCAAACUAAAAAGAUAGAAGUUAAAAGAUCUGAGAUAAGAGAAUUUAUUCUUAAAAAAAAUACAAAAUAUUAGGGAAGAUGUUUUAGAGAAAUGUUAAAAUUUGUUACAAAGGAGGGAAGAAAUAUUGUAAGAAAAUUAAGAUAUUGUUUUGAAUUUUGAAUUCUAGUUAACUCCUGAAUUGAAGUAACAUAUAGAUAAGUUAUUACCUCAUCGAACCAAAUUUUAUCAACAUCACUUAACCAUUAUAACAAAUAAUUUAAUUGCUACAAUGCUUUUUGAUGAUUCCAUAAGUAUAAAUGAUAAGGUUAGUGAAUUAUAUAAAUUAAACAAUAUGAAAAUUGACAGAAUUUCAGAUAUACCAGGCAAUCUAAUUAGUUGUGAAAUAUAAAACCAGAUUAAAGAACUUGAUUGUAUUAAAAAUAUCAUGAAAAUAUCUGAUGAAACUAUGGAUCCUUAAAAAGUUGAUUUUAAAUAUUUUUUAACUUAAUGCAGAAUUCUUUUUGAACCUAUUACUGAUUCUGCAUCUAUUCAUCAUGAAGGAACAGAAAUUCUGUAUUAUUCUUGGAAAAAAUUAGGUGAUAUUAAAAAAAUUGGAUGGCUAAUACCUACUGUUUUUGUAGCAUGCUAUCUUAUUCCUGCUAUUUCAAUAUCAGCAGUGUGUGAAUUAGUCAGAAAAAGUGUUUUUGUAAGUGAUAUAGAAAACGAAAAAUAAGAGAAACUAAAAUUCUUAAAGAUUCAGAAAAACUAUGAAACAUUAGUCAAGAUAGGAAGUAGAUGA